AAAAGGUUUUCCAUCUCUCUCUCCUCUCAGUUGCUGCAAUUCGCCGCAAACGCAGAACAGAGAUCAAGUAAAUCGCAGAUGAAGAAAAAGAAGAUGGUAAAGAAUGUUUUUUUCUUCAUAAUUCUCUUCAAUCUCUACACAAAUCUAAUCGCCAUCUCCAAUUCACCAAUAAACAUAUUCAUCCUCGCCGGUCAAAGCAACAUGGCCGGUCGCGGCGGCGUAAUCGCCAAUAUUUGGGACGGAAUCAUACCAAUCGAAUCAUCUCCAAACCCAUCAAUCUACCGGUUCAACGCCGGUCUAGAAUGGGAACAAGCAAACGAACCGUUACAUUGGGAUAUUGAUAUUAGAAACAACAAAACAUGUGGAAUUGGACCGGGGUUAGCUUUCGCCAAUUCAAUUUUAAGCCGGAACCCUAAUUUGGAAACGGUCGGAUUAGUUCCAUGUGCCGUUGGAGGAACUAAUAUUAGUCAAUGGGAAAAAGGGUCGUUUCUUUAUAAUCAGAUGAUUAGAAGAACGCUGGCGGCGGCGGCGGCGGCUGGCGGUGGAGCGAUUCGUGGCGUUUUGUGGUAUCAAGGAGAGAGUGAUACUAAAGAGAAGAAAGAUUCGGAAUUGUAUAAAGGGAAAUUGAAGAUGUUUUUCAUUAAUUUGCGUUCAGAUUUGCAGAACCCAUUCUUGCCCAUUAUUCAGGUGGCAUUAGCAUCUGGGGAAGGGCAUUAUGUGAAAGAAAUAAGAGAGGCCCAAUUUUCUGUUGGAUCAGAACUGGCAAACAUAAGAAUUGUUGAUGCAAAAGGACUACCUUUAAAUCCAGAUGGGCUUCAUCUCAGUACCCAGGCCCAAGUUCGUUUGGGUGAAAUGUUGGCCCAAUCAUUUCUUAAUGAUUUACCCUUGGCUAGUCCAAUUCUGAUUUCGAGUGCUUUAACUAAAUCAAUUGACUUUUUUCUUUUAUCGAUUUCUUUGUGCAUUUUAGAGCCAAGUUAUUUCCAAUGCGCAAGAUUUUGGGCUUAAUUCAUCACUAUUAUUACCAAACUGACAUUACAUUU